AUGUUCUCGAGACAGGCUGUUCGUUCCCUCCGCGCGGCGGCUCCCGCGUCGCGCCUUGUCGCCUCUUCCGCCCGCGCCCCGGCCGUCCGCACCUACGCCGCCGCCGCUUCCUCGGCCUCGUCCGACAACGUCAAGCCCCCCGUCGCCGUCUUUGGCCUUGACGGCACCUACGCCACUGCCCUGUACACCGCAGCGUCCAAGACCUCCUCGCUCGACCCCACGGCCAAGGCCCUCUCGACCCUCGAGGCCAUCUUCGCCAAGGACCCCAAGCUGGCCACUAUCCUGGCCGCCCCUACCCUGACCGCUGAGGACAAGGCCGCCAUUGUCGCCGAGCUCACCAAGCAGGCCGGCGCCGGCUCUCAGGAGACUGUCAAGAACUUCCUCUCUGCUCUCGCCGAGAACAACCGCCUCGGCCUCCUCCCCGGCAUCACCCAGAAGUUCGCCGAGAUCAUGAGCGCCGCCCGCGGCGAGGUCGAGCUCAUCGUCACCAGCGCCACGCAACUCGACAACAAGACCCUCAACCGCCUCGAGACUGCCAUCUCCAAGUCGGCCUACGCCGGCGCUGGCAAGAAGCUCAAGGUCACCAACCAGGUCAACCCUGACAUCGUCGGAGGCCUCAUCGUUGAGGUCGGCGACCGGACCAUUGACCUUAGCGUUUCUGGCAAGAUCGCCAAGCUCAACAAGCUCCUCACUGACACUCUGUAA